AUGUCUUUUCGAUUUUCUGGGGGAUCCCGGGUCUGUUCCCGGGCUGGGUCCGUCAGGCUGUCCAGGGGAGGGGCAGGCUUUGUGGCUGGGAAUGUGUGUGGGGGGCCUGGAGCAGAAAGUAGCUUUUCUUGCACCCUUGGAGGCGUCUCUUCUGGAGGAAGCUUUGGCAAUGGCAAUGAGGUAUCAGGAAGGGCUAACAGCACUGGUUUCCUUAACAACGAGCCGGGACUCCUCUCUGGGAAUGAGAAGGUGACCAUGCAGAACCUUAAUGACCGUCUGGCACUGUACCUGAACCAUGUGAGCGCCCUGGAGGAGGCCAACACUGACCUGGAGAAGAAGAUCGAGGGCUGGUAUGAGAAAUACGGGCCUGGCAGGGGCCGAGGACUCAACUAUGACUGCGGCAAGUAUUUCUCAGUCAUCGAGGAUCUGAAAAGACAGAUUGUUUCUAUGACCACCUGCAACGCCAACCUUAUUCUUCAGAAUGACAAUGCUAGACUCACAGCGGAUGACUUCAAGAUGAAGUAUGAAAAUGAGCUCGCUCUGCACCAGAGUGUUGAGGCUGACACCAACGGUCUUCGAAGAGUGUUGGAUGAGCUGACACUUUCUACAACCGACUUGGAAAUACAGCGUGAGGCUCUGAACGAGGAGCUGAUGUACCUGCAAAAGAACCAUGAGGAGGAAAUGGGAGUCCUGCAAAACGCAUCAGGGGGGAACAUCAACGUGGAGAUGAAUGCGGCCCCCGGAGUGGAUCUAACCGCCAUGUUGAACAACAUGAGGGCUGAAUAUGAAGAUCUGGCUGAGCAGAACCGAAAAGAUGCAGAGGCCUGCUUUAAAGAGAAGAGUGCAACACUGCAGCAACAGAUUUCCGAUGAUGCAGGAGCAGCCACGGCGGCCAGAAACGAGCUCAUGGAACUGAAACGCACCCUGCAGACUCUGGAAAUAGAACUUCAAUCCAUCUCAGCCAUGAAACAGUCCUACGAAGGCUCGCUGACUGAGACCGAAGGGAAUUACUAUUCCCAGCUCCAGCAAAUCCAGGAGCAGAUCAGAGUGCGGGAGGAGCAGCUACAGCAGAUCCGAACAGAGACCGAAGGCCAGAAGCUGGAGCACGAGCAGCUGCUGGGCAUCAAAACGUGUCUAGAGAAGGAAAUUGACAUGUACUGCAACUUACUAGAUGGGGAGGAACGAAGAAGCGAGUCCACGUGUUACAAACCAAAGGAUGGCAAGCCUGGGAAUGAAGUCAAUGACUCGACAGAAGAGACGUUUGUGAGGACGGUGGCUGAAGAGCUAGAUCAGCUGGGCAGCCUCCUUUCCCUGAGAGUGCACUCCGUAGAAGAAAAGUCUUCUAAAAUCAGCAACAUCACCAUGGAGCAGCGGGUGCCCUCCAAAACCCCUUGAUGGCGGGGAAAAUAAUUCAUAACACAGAAAGUUGCCUCUGAAAAAUUUCACUGGCCAAGUAACCCAAGAAAAUCAUCCAUACCUGUUCUUAAAACUCAAGAGGACUAGACUCAGGUUUCCUUUUCUUCCUCUUCUCACACUGUCAUGGGCAACACAGGUGGAGGUGCCAGGACCCUUCUUUGACAGAGAAAAGAAAUCCACGGAGAGCCGACGUGAAGCAGAGUUGGGGAUUUAUUAAAAGACAUUUGUAACUUGGAUCUGAAGCAGGGUCAAUAGAGAGGUGCUCAGGACAGAGAUGAGGCGUACCCAAGCAUCAGUGUGGGCUUCUCCCAGGAGAGUCACUUUUGUUUCUUGUUGCUUAGAUUUUUUUGAGUCAGGGUUUCUCUGUGUGACAGCUCUGGCUGUCCUAGAACUUUGUAGACCAGGCUGGCCUUGAACUCACAGAGAUCCAACUGCUUCUGCCUCCCUUCCCAAGUGCUGGUAUCAAAGGUGUGCACCAUCACCACCCAGCAAACACUUAGGCGUUUUUAUCACACGUGUACAUAUAGGAUUUUGGUGCCUCUCAAGUUGUAUCCCUAAAGGUUACAAGAAACUCCCCUCUUGUUCCUUUAACAUUGCUCAAAGGGUACAGCUUCUAACAAGGUUAAAACUUAAGGGUUUCCUUCUAUAAACAAGGUUGGAAGAUGGAUUGGUGGGGAUGUUGUUUAGAUUUAGGAGGGAGAAGGGAAUGGAGGUGAUAAUACGUCAUGUUGGACCUAAGUAAGUAUAGUUUAGCUUGACAAGGCAUCUUUGGGGGAAAGUCAUGCUCUGUCUCUCUGGCCAUUGGGGCUUCACCAGGGAUUUCUGAAGUUUCCUGACUUUCUCAGGAGAAAGGAUGGGUCAUACUCUGUGAACAAAGGCUUAUUUUUUUCAUCCUUUCCUUCCAUGUGACCAUAAUGUUCUUAUCUGUCUACCCUGUCCCAGUGCUUCGGAAAUGAGACUAUCUUGGUAGGUUUUGUUUUUAUUUUGUGAACCUGUGACCAUCUCAUGAAGAGUUCUGUUGCAAAUUUUGUUUGUUUGUUUGUUUGGUUGGUUGGU